GAUGUCGCUCAUUCUUUCUGUACCGAAGCUGAAACCCAAAUGCGCAUCGCUGACCGACGCAUCUUUUUAAAAAAAAGAACCAGCUGCUCUCCCUAAAAACGGCAUGUUACAUAUAGGGCUGGACAAGGAGCAACCAGAGGUUUAUUCUGAAAGGAAGACAAAUGGGAGAUCACCAAAUGUUUGGAGCAGCCAAGAUUCUGCAGUGUCAAAAAUUGGUGUAAAUAACGGGUGACCGAGUAGGUACACCGAACCUGUCCAGAAUAGCAGUCAAAUGAAAGACAGCGCGAGACGGGAUUUUGUUGUCAAGCAAGUACACUAACAGAUGUGGUGAAAUGGAACUGACUGUCAACAUCUGUCUCCAAAUCUGCUCGAGCUGAAGGUGGAGCAGGAUUUUCGGGGGGCUCUCUGUGAGGCUUUUUGCUGUCUUCUGCAACGCAACGAGGAGGAUGGUCUGUGCCCUACAUGUGAUUGUCAUGUCUUCGGCGUUUUUCAAUCCCAGUUUUGCCUUCAGCUCCCACUUUGAUACAGAUGGGGCUCCGCUGAGCGAGCUGUCGUGGCCUUCAUCCCUGGCUGUGGUGGCUGUCUCCUUCUCUGGCCUCUUCACCUUCGUCUUCCUCAUGCUGGCCUGCCUCUGCUGCAAGAAGGGCGAUAUAGGCUUCAAGGAGUUUGAAAACACUGAGGGAGAGGAGUACCAGGCAGAUCUCUCCGCCCUGGCCUCGCCUUCCUCCCAGAAUGGCCCCGAGGUCUACAUCCUUCCCCUCACCGAGGUCUCCCUGCCUGUCUCCAAACAGCCUGGCAGAUCCAUCCAGCUGCUGAAAUCAUCAGACCUUGGCCGCCAUAGUCUGCUCUAUCUAAAGGAGAUUGGUCAUGGCUGGUUCGGCAAGGUUCUGCUGGGCGAGGUCAAUGCGGGCCUCAGCACCACCCAGGUGGUGGUAAAGGAGCUGAAGGCCAGUGCCAGUGUCCAGGAUCAGAUGCAGUUCCUGGAGGAGGUGCAGCCAUACCGAACCCUCCAGCACCCUGCCCUCCUGCAGUGCCUGGCACAAUGCUCAGAGGUCACUCCUUAUCUGCUGGUCAUGGAGUUUUGCCCUCUGGGUGAUCUGAAGAGCUACCUGCGCAGUUGUCGGGUGGCUGACUCGGAGACUCCUGACCCUUUGAUCCUCCAGCGAAUGGCGUGCGACAUUGCCUCAGGGCUCCUGCAACUCCACAAAUACAACUUUAUACACAGUGACCUGGCCUUGCGAAACUGCCUGCUAACUUCAGAAAUGUCAGUUAAGAUCGGAGACUAUGGCCUCUCCCACAGCCGAUACAAGGAUGACUAUUAUGUGACACAAGACCAGAUUUGGGUGCCCCUGCGCUGGAUUGCACCUGAGCUCAUAGACGAGGUCCACGGAAACCUGCUUAUUGUUGACCAAACAAAAUCCAGCAAUAUAUGGUCACUGGGGGUGACUGUGUGGGAGCUGUUUGAGCUGGGAAACCAGCCGUACAGACACUACUCUGACAGACAGGUGCUGACAUAUGCCGUGAAGGAACAGCAGCUCAAACUACCAAAGCCCCUGCUUCAAUUCCCCCUGGCUGAGCGCUGGUAUGAGGUGAUGCAGUUCUGCUGGCUGCAACCAGAGCUGAGACCCAGCAGUGAGGAAGUCCACCUUCUGGUUACAUACUUGUGUGCCAAAGGCUCCAGUGAGGCAGAGGAAGACUUCGAACAACGCUGGAACGCCUUGAGACCCAACCUGCUUGGCAGCACCUCCCACACAGCUACAUCCACAGCCCUAGUCCUGACCCCUACGCCCGCCUCAGCUGAUGUCCCCAGUCCAGACCAAACUCAGGCAGUGGAGCUGGCUUCCUCUGCCUCGUCCUCCUUCCCCCUGCUGGAGCACUUCUCCGACAGCUUCCACUCUGACACUGGGGACGACCUGCUUACCGUCACAGAGACCAGCCACGGUCUUAACUUUGAGUACAAGUGGGAGCAGGCCCGAGCUGAGCAGCCCUACUGCUCCUCCUCCACCAGCGGGCCGCUAGGCCAGGGCAAUCCAUAUUACCAGGAUAUCUACUACUCAAGUAAAGGAAGCACCUCAGGGGGAUGCAAGACUGAGAGUCUGACCUCAGGCAUAUCUCCAUCCUACUAUGAACCAGAACACCCGGGUGUGGUCCCAGUGUUGAGUGCCCACAGCCCCUCAGUCAGCAGCGAGUACUACAUUCGCAUAGAGGAGCCAGUAGAGUGUAACAUUAACCUGGAUGACGGCGUGGUGGACUACAGCCCAGGACUGGAGGCCUGCGGCAGCAGGUUGUCAUCUGAGAGUCGAACUGGUUCGUCCAUGGCACAGCCCAGUGCUUACUGGUCAACUGACAACAAGUCUACUGCCUAUGACUCUGAUUCAAGCCCCACUGUCCAACUGACCAUGGAGCCACUGCUGAGACAGUCAUCCAGCACCAGCCCUGUGAAGCCAGGCCACUCACACAACUGCUUCUCAUCCAGUCAGGAUGACAUGCUGUACUGUGAACAGUCAUCAGCAUACAAGGCACGCCAAUCAUGUCUGUCUGAACUGGAUACAUCACCAGAGUCCAGAUCAAAUCUUGUCCAUCCAGUAGGGCGUUUAGAAAACCCACGCAGUUUGUCACAAGCAGUCAGCAGCCCUAGCUUAGGAUUCUGUGAUCCCUACCUUGAAGCGAGCACAGGUCGUAGCACCGUUAAUGAAAGCUGCCAUAAUAUGAUGGGUCCCCUCAGAAAGACAUUACCCAUUGUUAACCACAUUAGCAUUGAUGUAGGGACAGACGACGGCCUGCUGGUGGGCCAGCAGCGAGGCGAUGACAUUGAGGAUGACCUUUUCUCUGAGGGAGAAGCCACUAAUUGGACCUCAAACCAUUCAGCAAACAAUAAUAGCCUGAGCUUUGACAGCAGGCAGACAGGCAGUGGACAUGAUGGCUAUCUGGACCUUCAAUAUACUACUCACUCUAACACAACAGAUUUAUGGUCUUUAACCAAGGCCACCACAAGAACCUUCCACAGCUCCAGGUCUAGUGGCACCUUGGAGGCAGACGGAGGAGACUCUGGUUGUAAUGCUGCUAGCAAGCCCACUGAAUUAGGUUCAUACAUUCACUUGUGUCACAAAGAAAGGGAGGAUGCUGCUUCUCAAGUGGAAAGGAACUUAACUACUGAAAAUCUAAGAAGUACUGAUUCUCUUACCAGCUUAAGUACUAAUGCCAGAGGUACAGAGGGUGGAAAAAUGGAGGGGAAAUAUGAAAAGCAAUUGUUGCUUAAUGGAGAGAGACUGUUCUCUGAGCCUAAGAUGAUACCUGAGGCAAGCUAUAUAAAGUCCCCAUCCUCUUUCAAGGAACCUCAGACUGGUCAAACAGGAGGCUUGUCAGACAAGCAGCGAGGGAAUAUGUGGGAGGGGGUUUCAACAGGAAUCUCAGUUGGUCUGGGAGACAAGAGGAUAAACUAUUCAGAGACAUCAGAAAGUAGCAGAGCAUUGGACAGUGGAGUCGGGGUCAGAGACUCCAGCGUUAGCUUGGUUGAGCUUGGUGACUACAGUGAAGAUGAUGAUGACGAUAUCACAGAUAUUACGUCAGGGAUCUUUGCCGACUUCAACCUGGACUUUGCUGAGGUAGAGGAGGAAGAGUUGAGCCCAUUGAAGCAUCCAGAGGGAACUCCUGACUCUGUGGACACCCUUAAUCUGUCCUCGUCGAUGGCAAGCCCCUGUGAUCAGGCUUUCAGUCCUGAUCCCUUCAAUACCCCCGUCCUACCAAAAUCCCUGGACAGUGGCUAUGACACAGAGAACAAUGAAUCUCCAGAGUUUCUCUUCAAGGAGCUUGGAGAUCCCCGGGCUGUGGAGAGGAGCCCUAGGCUGGGUGGAGAACCUGAACUAGUUCUGCAGGUUGGUUUGGGCCAAGGUAUCUGCACUUCGACAAGCACAUCAGAGCUACAGUUAAAGGGCCUGACUGAUAAGAACCCAUACAGGGACUCAGCCUAUUUCUCUGACUAUGAUGCUGAAAAUGAGAGGAGUCCUCAAGAGGAAGGCAAUAAGUUCUUUUCAGGUCCAAGUAACCGCAGCUUUCUUGCUGAGAAAUUGAGCUCUUUCAGAGAUGACGAUCCUGUCAAAAUGCAAAUCAGCAACGAGGAACAUUUAACAAAUCUGAGACACGUCAAAAGUUGUGUUUUGGUGAAUCUCUCAGGGGCUGACCCUAGUUCACACCAUCCUCUUCCCACCCCUGGGUUGUCCAUGCUGUCACCAUUUCCUCCUCAGAUGGGCGGCUGCCUGACUAAAGAGUCUGCCCCUGCAAAUGAUGACGAUCUCGGGUUGGAGACCGAGCACUCAGGAGAGGACCCCUCCUCAGAGCUCAGCUCUUCUAUUGGGUCAGAAGCCUCUUCCACUGUCCAGGAGGCCUCAGGAAACCAUGAGGACGGAAACGGAGGAGCAGAAGAUUGUUCCCCUGUCCCAUCUUUGCAUUCUGACUCAACCAUAACUGACUACAGAGAUGAGACUCCCAAAGAAAAUGAAAACAGUGAAGGAUCCACAGAGGAGGAGCUGCCUGAAUUCAAUCACAUCAAGGAGGAGAUGGAGGAAAGAAGGGAGGGCGCGAGAAUAAAUGAGGAGGACUUUGAGGACAUAGAUGCAGAGGAAUGUGACUCACAGGACAGCCUGUGUGAAGAGUCCAACGGUCCUGUCGACCUGUCCUCUUCCUCGUCAUUGUUGGAGCUGUGCGGAGAGAACGUAAGAGCUCCGCUGGAGGAGGCGGAGGAUGAGGAUGACUCAGAUGACAGCGAGUCUGAUGAAGAGUUGAGGACCUACAACAUCCAAGAUGAAGACAGCGAGGAGAGUGAGGAGGAUUUCAGCUCAGUGCCAGUGGUGGUAAGCGACUGCAGCAGGGCCAGACACCUUCGCAGCCUUCUGAAGAUGCCCACGCUGCUCACCCAGUCCUUCUGCGACGAGUUGGAGAGGAAGAAAAAAGCAGUGUCCUUUUUUGAUGAUGUUACAGUGUUCCUUUUUGACCAGGAGAGCCCCACAGGAGAGCUGGCUGACUUCGCCUUCUCCACAGGAACAGAGUCCAGUGGGCAAGAAUCUCCAGAAGAAAAAAACCCUGACCACCAGCUGCAGCCUGACCCUGAACUUGAAGCUCAAUCCUGCGAAACAUUCUGUGUUUCUAAAGAAACAGAGGGGAACAACUCAGAAGAGGGUGGGUGUUAUGAAUGGGAAGAUGACCUCUCGUUCGAACCCCGCCCGUCCUCACCUGACACCAUCCCUGAGCCCCAGUCCUCACCAACAUCCACCUCCAACAGUCCCGAGGCUCCUAAACCUGCAGCUGUAGCACUUAACCGUUUUAUGGUCUCACGAUUCUCUAUCACACAUGUCUCCGACCCCCACGUGGGCUCAGCAACAGGGAACAGUGAAGAUAACCCACAAGAUUGAGUGCCCCACCGUGGACCUGACUGGAGGAGGAUGAGUCCUGGUCCUUCUCAACACAGAAAAGCAGCAUUAUUAUUAUAUCUAGAUGUUUUACAGAGUUUUAUUUUUAUCAACGUUUGGGUCAUCUGACCCUGGUGACCCUUUAUGAGACAGUGCCUCAUAUUGUAGUGAAAGACCCUCAAUGAUUUGCACCUUUUUUUAAUAUUAUUUUGUGAAGAAAGAAAUAGCUGCUGGUAAGGCAACCUGGAGAGUGAAUAUAAAAUCAGAUCAUAUUGUUUGCAGAGAUAGAUAUCAUCAGAAGAUUAGUUUAAAAUACAGUAUAUGACGAUCUUUGCUCAGUGCAGC